CUUCAUAUGAAGCAGCUACUACUAUAUCUGCAUAUCUUUAGCAACCAUAGGAGUUGGGAUGAAAAGAGAGGAAAAGAGAUUCCCUUUUAUGCAGCUAACAAACGAAAACAGAGUAUCUAUGUUGCUUAUGCAGAUCCGAAAGUUGAUUAUUCGAUCCAAUGUUAGCCCGCCAUUAUCCUGUCCUCAAUCUUCAAAAUUUUCUCUCCUUGCAUGCAGAUAUUCCUUACCCCUAUAUGAGCAGCCAUAGAACAUGACAAAAUAGAUGCUGGCAGGUGGCAGAGUCUCCAGGGGAGUUUCGGACAGAUGUCUUAUCCCUGUUUCUUCUCAGCUUUCAUCUCACAACUUCACUAGUCCUCGUUGAUCAUACUUCGAACUGAAAGGAGAGGAGAAACUCUGUAAAUGGCGAGUAAUGAGACCAUGAGUAGUAAAUCGGUGGUGUGGAUGAAAGAGGUGAAGACGGUAAGCUUGGUAGCGGCUCCAAUGGUGGCAGCCACGCUGUUGCAGUACCUUGUCUACUUCCUUUCGACACUAAUGGUUGGCCAUCUCGACGACCAGCUCUCCCUCUCGGCGGCCUCCAUCGCCACUGCUUUCUCCCUCGUUACCGGCUUCACCUUGCUUGCUGGAAUGGCAGGUGGGUUGGAGACACUGUGCGGCCAAGCCUACGGAGCAGGGCAACACCAGAAGCUAGCAACAUACACUUACUCUGCCAUCUCAUCCAUGGCCUUGCUAUGCUUCCCCAUCUCCAUCCUCUGGCUAUUCUUCACAGGCAAGCUGCUCAUUCUCACCGGGCAAGACGUUUCGAUCUCGAACCUGGCUCGCAGAUACUCGAUCUGCCUCAUCCCGGGGCUAUUCGCCUACGCGUUGCUCCAGCCCAUGAUCCGUUUCUUCCAGACACAGAGCUUGAUCCUUCCAGUGCUGUUUUCGUCGCUAGCUUCAAUUUGUGUCCAUGUUCCUCUGUGCUGGGUUCUUGUGUUCAGAACCAGAUUGGGCUGCAUCGGGGCUGGAUUGUCCACUAGUGUGUCCACUUGGGCUAAUACGAUCUUGCUCGGGACUUACAUGGUUUGCUCUCCCAAAUGUGCAGAGACUAUGGCUGAGUUUAGGUGGAAGGAUGUGUUGGUGGAGUCGUGGGCGUUCUUGCGGUUCGCGGUUCCUUCUGCGAUCAUGACAUGCCUUGAAUGGUGGUCGUUCGAUGUGCUCAUUUUAUUGUCUGGGCUCUUACCGAACCCGAAGUUGGAAACUUCAGUUUUAUCAAUUUGCUUCUCAAUCUCUUACAUGCACUCAACCAUUCCCCUUGGCUUUGCAGCCACUAUUAGUACAAGGGUGUCAAACGAGUUGGGAGCAGGGAAUGCAAAGGCAGCUAAGCUGGCAAUGAAGGUUGUAAUGGUUCUCUUGGCGACGGAACUGGUUGUCAUCAUCCUGCCUCUUUUGUUCCUUAGACACGUCUUGGGGUACGCUUUCAGCAGUGACAAAGAAAUCGUCGACCAUGUUGCAACUAUGGCUCCUUUCCUGUGUCUCCAAUGCAUCACGGAUGCCCUACAAGCAGUACUAUCAGGGGUUGUGAGGGGAAGUGGGAAGCAAAAACUAGGCGCUUUCGUGAACCUCGGGGCUUACUACUUGGUCGGAACGCCAUUAGCUGCCAUAUUGGCUUUUGUUGCACAUUUAGGAGGGAAAGGACUAUUGAUUGGGAUAUCAACUGGAGCUGGCCUCCAGGCAUCUCUAUUUGCUGUCACCAUAGUCCUCACCAAUUGGGAACAACAGGCAUCUAAAUCUCGAGAGAGAAUCUUUCGAGGCGGCGAACCAGAGGGUCCUUGAUUCUGUUGGUGGAUGAACCAACUUCUUGGUUCAUAUUCUUAUUCGGUUUUCAAAUAGGGCAGUGAGUCCUUAUAAAAGUGAAGCAGAUUUGAGAUUGAGUUAGAAAUCAAUUCUUCAUCAUUCUGAGACCCAAUGUAACUAUUUGUGGCUUGGGACAUUAUCACUGUUCUGCAGCAGCGCAGCCCUUCUUCCAGUUAACACCAUGGUUUUGUUCCUGCAUGCAUUUUACAGCAACUCUUUGUGCAGUUUCAAUGUAAUGCUCCUCAUCGACGAUCUGAGGUUGGAGCACCAUGGUUUUGUUCCUGCAUGCAUUUUACAGCAACUCUCCUCCCGCCAUGAAAUCUCGCUCGUGUUCAUGUUAACCGGCAAAGCCCAACAGGCAGCAUGACCAUAGUCCAUACAAAGUCCAAGUCCAAGCCCAUAAGCCCCAAGUCUAGAGUCUCUUUGACUUGGUGGACGAUGUUCCCGCCAGGCAGCUCCGCCGGUUGCCGCUCUCUUUCCCGGUCCCACGUUCCGCUCAAUCUCCGAUUCUCGUCAGCUCCGCUUCCUUCUGCCCUGAGAAAAAUCUGUCGCUCCGCUAUGAGUCUAAGCCUUCCAUUUCUCUCUUAUGUCCCAUCUCUCGAUUUAGUUCCUUCCUGUUUCAAUAACGGUAGUAAAAGAUGGCGGCUUUAGUAGUUCAUUCAUUGCCGAAAUCUUCAAUUGGGUCGUCUUCUUUUUGCCCGGAAUCUCUUGGGGUUCAGUUCGGCGCAAUCGCUACAGAAGGCUUCUCUCAAUUAUGCCUACAGAAAGCUGGAAUCUGUUCUAGAAGCUCUUCCAGCUUUCGGGUUGCUAUCACUUUCCCCCUCUAGAAGCAAGGAACAACAAAGAAAUCGCCUUUUCUCAUGUCAUGCUGCUGAAAUCAAGCAGAAAAGAAAGACAGAAGAAUCAGUUUCGUCCAGGUAAAGAACUCUGGAAUUUUUUCUUCUGAGUAACUAAAUUAAGUCAGUUCGGUGUUGUAGUUAUCCUCCAUUGGCUUCCUUGUCCCGGUUGGAUUUCUAAUUGCUCUUCCUAGUAAAAGUUGCAGCAGAAUUAGCAAAAGAGGUGAAACAAACUUUCUCCCAUUAUGUUGAGCAAACGUGUUCUUGAUAAGCAAAAGUUUGGCCAGUUGGUCUGUCUAGCCUGAGCAUCCGUUUCAGAGUUGGCAGAGUGAAUGGGCUGCCUUUUGUCCUUGCUUUGUGUGUUGGGGGAAAGGGAUGUGAUGAAUGACUAGGGAAGGAGAGCAUAUAAUCGAAUAUGCCCAUUCUGGUAGUAGUUUGGCUUUAGCAAAAUCAUUCAGUUUCAUCUGUGGAAUUUGAGACAUUCUUUCAUUGCAAAGUAUGGGGAUGGAAAGUGUACCUGAAAGAAAGAAGAAAAAAAAGGGGCUGUGGUUGA